GGUAAUCGAACAAUCCAAGUGUUUAAUGCUUUAAACAUAGACACAGAGUACCGAUGUUAUAUAAUAGCGUCUAAUCUGGUGUAUUUUUUUACAUGGAAAGAAACAUAAGCCAAUGUAAUUGUUUUUACGAAAAAAAAAAGUAAAAAAAAAAUCAAAACGUGUCAAGUGUUUUUAUAUACCUAUAGCCCGCCUUGUUACAGACGUUGAUUUGGUCAGGACUUGCAGUGCAUUAUGCUUUUUAUUACGGUUCCCAUUUUCAGAUAUACGUAACAUGGUCGUUACGUCUGUUCGCUGGUUAUUUUUCGCCGUUUCAUUUUCAGUAUUGACCAUUCAGACCGUGAAUUCUGGCAAAAUGACUUACGGUCUGGUUUAUCGACCAGCGGGUCUGUAUGCGGGGGCUUCAUCUACGGUAUCGGCGUCAUCAUCAUCGCCAGCAUCAUCAACCACGAGUACUGAGAAAUCGAAACUCGAAGCGAAUGAAACUGCGAUUUCUGCCCAGACAGAGCAGCCUGAUAUUAGUGAUAUUAACGAAUCGUCCAUUAGCUUGAGUAAAAUAACCCAAAGCAAUGUUUCUCUGAGUGAUGAUAGCGAUAGCGAUGGCUCCAAGUUCACUGAAAAUGAUAUUCUACCCUGGUUAAUGCAGUCUGCCGCAAACCCACCUUAUAAACCAAAAAGCAAACCGGUUAAAGCAUCGACUCAUCAAUACGAAGUUACCGAAGAUCCUGAAGCAGAUGGUUAGAGCUACGAGUUGGCGUUUUUUGUGUAAGGUGCACUUGAGUGCUUUUCCCUCUACGUAUGCACUGCCUUAUCAAAAUAAUAAAGUACCUACCUAUUAUAAGUUUUUGUUAACGUGGGAAAAAUUCAUUUUUUGAAAAUAAGAAAUGAGAUAAAAUGAUUAUGUAAUAUGUAUUAUUUCUUUUUUUUUUACUUUUAUAUUUUUUUAUAGAUGUAAGAAUGUUACCUACGCAUAAGAUUAAUUGUGUAGAUAUACUUUCAAAUAAAAAUAAU